UGACGGUUCUUAAAGUCUUGUUCGUUUUAUUUACUUGUGGAUUCCCUACUGUUCCUGUUCGUUCCCGUGGAUUAUUUAAAUAAACUCUAUGUUCCGAGCUCCUCGUUCCUACUCCUCAUUCCCCGCACACCACGCCGUGACAAAUAUAGUCUAGCAAGAGCUGAAUUAUUUUUUGUUUACAUACUUAAAUACCCACAAGCUUCCUGCCCCAUUAAAGAGCAGCACAAGGGUGUGGACACAAACCAGCUAUACCCCACCAACUCAUUUCUAAAUAAUAAAGCAGUGCAGUCAACGGUUGACUGUAAAGAGGAUAACCAGGAAGACAUGAGGAGGCAGACAGGAAUCUAACAAAGAAAACAUUUCAGCCGUUUAAAAGACACCUGGAACACACUUGGGCAACGGUUAGAGCAAAGCACCGAUAUCUCUGACAAAUCAUCUUCUAGUUCAAGGGAGUCAAUGGAUCUGGUGUGGUUCAUGAUUAUUGGCAUGUGUGCCAUGAAUGCGAUUGCCUCUGCGUGUCCAAAGAACUGCCAAUGUAGGACAAGCAAAAUCACUUGCCAAGGUUUUAUAAUAAAAGAAUUCCCAGCCUCCAUCCCACCAACCACUAAAAACCUCUUUAUCUCCAACACCAGCAUUGAGUCAUUAAAACCAACUGAUUUUAAAACUUUUGCUGAGACACUCAAUGUGUUUGUAGCCAAGGAUUCAAGAAUAGCUGUGGUGGAACCUCACACAUUUGACCAAACCAGAAAUCUCAUUGCCUUAGGUUUCAAUGGAACAAUGCUAACCUCUCUGCCACAGGAUCUGUUUCAAAAUCUUAAAGCAUUAUUAACUCUAACACUAAGUAACAAUAAAUUAGAAGUUCUCCAACCAUCUCUUCUCAGCCCGCUUACAGUUUUGAACAACUUAGACUUAAGCAGAAACCUUCUAACCUCUCUGGAAGAAGAUGCUUUCCUGGGUUUAGGAAAGCUGGAACAGCUCAUGUUGCAGAGAAACUCAAUCAGAAUGCUUUACAACAGUUCUUUUCAAGGACUCAGUCAUCUCAAAGCCCUGUUCCUGCAACAUAAUCACUUAACGGAUAUACCAGCAGGCGUCUUUGAUGACCUGGUGAACCUUGAGAUAUUGCAUCUUCAAGACAACAAAAUCUCACAGCUACCAGCAAAUCUCUUCUCAAACUUGUCGAAGCUGAAGAAACUCUACCUCUCCAACAAUAGGUUAUCAUUGCUUCCCAGUGCAAUCUUUUUUAAUCUUCCCAGCCUAACUCAUAUAUCACUGUACGAAAACCAACUCAGUAGAUUAACACCUGGGACUUUUGGUCCAAUGCCCCUCCAGGAGCUCCAGCUGAAUGACAACAUGUUAACCCAAGUCGAAGAGAAUGUGUUUAGCAACUUAACUGAGAUUCGCCUUUUGGAUCUUAGUAGGAAUCAGAUUCAGCAUAUUUCUCCAGGUGCUUUCAGUGGCUUGAUGAAACUAGAGGAGAUCUCACUUCACACUAAUCGACUAACCACUAUUGAGGCGGGGAUAUUCAAAGGUCUUCCAGAGUUAGUUAACAUAUCAAUAGAGAACAAUUUACACCAGACUCCACAACAGUCCCAGAAGACACAUGUGGAGGUCAAGGUCUGUCCAAAGACAAACUCAUUAUCAUUAUAGCCAUUGUCUCUACUGCUGUCAUUGUCGUUAUCAUUGCCUGUGUGUUUUGUAGGAGGAAUAAACAAGGAAGUGAAGACUUGGACCGUCAAAGAAAUAGAAAAAAACAAACUCACUUAUCUAACAUUACUUA